CUUUUUUGGGACACCCGAUAUAUAUAUCAUAUGAGUUUACAAUCCAAAGACAAAAAAAGAUAAAGGGACACACAGACAGCCGAUCAAUAAAUUUUCAUAAAUAUCAGUUAAAGACAAAUAUGGAUCAAACUGCCCUUGAGAAACUAGCUAUAAGCAACCAUGAAGAGUAUAACAGAUGUUGGAACGAUCCAAAUAAAGACUGGGAGAAGUAUAUGGAUACCUACUAUACUGAUGACACAACAAUAUAUCCACCACGUAACCCACCUAUUACUGUGAAAAAGGAUAUCUUUGAGUUUCUGAGGAAAAACUUCCCUAAAAUGAAAAUCCAGAUGAGCCUUAGAGAAGCGCGAAGUCUCGGAGAAGAAUCUUAUUUGGGCAUAUUCAAUAUUGUUUUAACAAUUGAUGGCAAAGAAGUGGACAGAUUCAUAAUUUAUGAAGUAUGGUCCAAACAGACAGGAUCCUGGAAAUUUUCCUCAUACAUUUGGAACAUCAUUAAUGCUACAGUUGACUAUCAAUAAAUGAUAUUUGAAACAAAGCUUACUAUAAAGAACAUAUACUCUUAAAAUUUACUGAAACCUUUAUUCUAUAUUCAGACAUAGCUAGGCAAGGUGUGUCUGAUUCCAGCCAAUCUGAACACAGUAUUUCACAUAUAGA